GUAGUCAUUGGGCCUUCCAAGCCCAUUCAUUAUCUCUCUCCGCGUCUUCUCCUUCCUCGUCGCCGUCCAUCUUUCGUCACCCACCUCCCCCUCUGCUCAUCGCGCAGGCACCGCUCACAAUCUGAAUCUGCUAAUCUAAUUUCGGGUUUGCGGCAGGACCCCCUCCUCCCUCUUGGAUUGGAUGGCCACCAAAUCAUCCCUCCUCCCUCCCCCAUUCAUCUCUUCCCGCCCGCAACCUCGCCCUUUCGCUCUCAACCUCCGCCGCACCAACCCCACCUUUUCGCUGCUCGCAUGCGCCGCCGGGGACUCCGCGUCCACGCCGGCACCGGACGGCAACAACAACAACAACCCUCUCGCCGCGGUCAUCGAGGUGCCCCGCACGCUCUGGCGCCGCACCCUGCAGCCGCUCGGGGACUACGGCUUCGGCAACCGCAGCGUCUGGGAGGGCGGCGUCGGCCUCUUCAUGGUCUCCGGGGCCGCCCUGCUCGCCCUCGCCCUCGCCUGGCUCCGCGGAUUCCAGCUACGCUCCCGAUUCCGCAAGUACCAGACCGUCUUUGAGUUCACACAGGCCUGCGGGAUCUGCGUCGGCACGCCCGUCCGGAUACGAGGGGUCACCGUCGGCUCCGUCGUCCGCGUCGACUCUUCCCUCAGGAGCAUCGAUGCUGUCGUCGAGGUUGAAGAUGAUAAAAUCAUUAUACCACGUAAUUCAGUGGUUGAGGUGAAUCAGUCUGGUCUUCUAAUGGAGACACUGAUUGAUAUUACACCGAAAGAUCCACUCCCUGCACCUUCAGUAGGACCACUUGAUCCAGACUGCUCCAAAGAAGGCUUGAUUCUCUGUGACAAAGAGAGGAUGAAAGGACAGCAAGGAGUAAGCUUAGAUGCUCUGGUUGGAAUAUUUACCCGUCUAGGAAGAGACAUGGAGGAAAUUGGUGUUAAUAAAAGCUAUAAGUUGGCUGAAAAAGUUGCAUCUAUAAUGGAAGAAGCACAACCUCUUCUUACACGGAUUGAAGCCUUAGCUGAAGAAAUUCAACCUAUGCUCUCUGAGGUUCGUGAUAGUGAUCUGCUGAAGGAUGUGGAGAUUAUAGCUAAAGGCCUGGCUGAUGCAUCUGGUGAUUUAAGAAGGCUGAAGUCUUCCAUGCUUACCCCAGAGAACACUGAUCUUAUUAAGCAGUCUAUUUUCACCCUUAUAUUUACUCUUAAGAACAUUGAGAGUAUCAGCUCAGACAUAUCUGGUUUCACCGGUGAUGAGACAACAAGGCGCAACAUCAAGCUUCUGAUCAAGUCUCUCAGCAGGCUAUUGUGAUUGCUCAGUGGACCUUUCUCUGUGCAGGAUUGCUUGGAACGGGAAAUUGUUGGUAGAGUAGGGCUGUCUUGGUACGUGAGACUGAGGUAAUCAGUUAGCAAGAGAACCUAAUGAAUGUUCAACAAGGUUUUGAAUAGUGGGGUUAAUCUCUCCGUUGGUUUUGGUCCAAGUUUUCUAAAUUCUUGAACAUUCCGAAUUCAAUCGAACAAAAAUAGAAGAGGAGGCAUCGGGAGGAAUAUCUCCGUGAGCUUUGGUCAGUCAUAUAGGCUCAUUUAUGUUUAUAACUUAGCUUCCUGGUUGAGCAAGUGUAUUCAAGUCACGAGAAUACAUGAAAACUAGCUUCAUUGCUGUCUUUCCUA